AUGUAUCUCACCACCAUCUUCACCGGUCUCACGAUGAUCCUAGCCGUCACGGCCAUCCCGGUUGCGCACGAAAAGCCAUCCCCAACCCCCUCAAUGUCCAAGGCUCUCAUCUCCCCUUCUUCCGCCUCCGCUUCCGCCUCGGCCUCAGCUUCGCCUACCCCAUCGCCCAACCCAUUCGAGGCAUACACAUGCCCAAAGGGCAAGUACAAGUCCUGCUGCAUGUCCGUCCAGGAAACAGGGCACAGUGUUAUCCAGCCGCUUGGCGAACUGGUUCCCAUGGUCGGCGGACUGCAGCUCAGCUCAGCUAUAUCUUUCCAGUGCAAGAAGAUGGCUGAACGGGAAGCACCGGCAACCUGCCACGGACAUGGAUAUUCGCCCAUGUGCUGCGAUAGCAAGGACAAUGGUUUAGUUAGCGUCUGCAAGUCCUUCGAGGAGACCAAGGAGAACUACUACUCACACCAGGGAAAGAUGGAAGAGACUCAGGCUGAUAUGAUCAUGGAUGCUGUUACCUAA